UUCAGCAGAGCUCACUUCUUGGACUACUGGAAUGGAAGCAAGAUUACUUGCGCACUUCAUAUGGUUGUGUUCGCACAAAAACGUGUAGGUUUACGUAAGAAUGUGUGAACAAACGCAUAAGUAACUCAUUUUUUCUAAUCAAUCAAAGACUGUGAGCGUUAUUACACUUUGCAUUGACGAAUUCAUGGACAAAUAUGGAUUCGACUGAAAGCACAUUACAAGACGUACUGGAUGACUUGGGGCGGUUUCUUGGAGAGACCCUGGUCGGAGAGCCUCUCUCGCCGAGGGCGGAAGUACAGCGGGCUGGGCUUCUGCAGCGCCUGGAACCUCACAUUCGGCGGUCCGGUGGAGACGUCGUGUCACUUACCAAAAUGACCCCACAGCACACUGACACAAAAAGUAUGAAUGGUAACAUAGAAGAAAACUAUGAGGAAAUACCAGCAGCUGCAGCUGCAGCCAGCCAAUCACGAUCUUCCUCGUCUAAUUCUAUAAAACUUGAAGACACUUUUAAAGUGAAUCUUCCCUUUAAAACACUUCAAAAUAUAACAGUCAAAUAUGGACCAUUGUGGCGAAAAGAGAAAGUUGUUUUCUUAGACCAGUGGCGAAAAUCUUGGACAGGGCUCUAUGGACAUUUUCUACUUAUGUACUAUACACAGCGUGAUGUUAGACCAUACGAUCACGUGAAUGUACAAGGUUUCGUGGCUCGUCCUGCACCCAACUGUAACAAGGAUCUCAAGAGGAAAGAUGCAACUUUUGAGAUUGUGUGUCCAGGGAAAAGAGAUUACCAGUUUUCUGCACGGACUGCAAAAGAUAUGCACCAAUGGGUGACUGCUAUUUGUCAGGUGAGCAUUCAGCAUAUCCAGACUUCAAUUCCCCAACUUCAUACAGUUCCUCCACUUCCACAUCAUACUCUGGACAAAUCUGUUCUAAGAAGUGCAAAGGAUGUUCCUGCACAUGUUGAAAGUGACAUCGAAACUUAUGAUGAUGUUAGCUCAGUAAUUGAAUGUAAUAAAGGGAGUGAACUCAUUUAUGAAUUGGCACAACCUUAUGAAGAUGACUUUUAUAAUUACAUACCAGAUAUUUACCAAAGAAAUUCAAGAUUGGAAUUAAAGCCUGAUGCUGAGGUAAAAUCUGCAGAAAAAUGUCCUCCAUUACCUCCUCGACAACCUGUACGCACUGUUCCUCGGGAUGAUUUGUCAGAUCAGGAAUCAGUAUAUGAUGAUGCCGGUGAUCUAAAUCAACGCAAUGGAUACUCCAACAUGGCAGAUAUGCAUGUAGGAGGGAAACAUAUAGAGGUACAGUCAGAUAUGAAUGUGUUAAGUGAAAAAGAAAUGCAUACAAAGGCACAGCCAAGCAUAAGUGUAAAACAUACAAAAGUACAGUCUCAACAAUCUAUGAAACCUGAAGUGCAAUAUGAUGAUAAUGAAGAAGAAGAAAUUUAUGAUGAGAUUGGAGUUCCUGAAGAACCCCCCAAGGAAAUGAAACCACCAGUUUUAAAACAGAAAUAUUCUGUGGGUAAUGGAAGUUGUAUUCAGAACCUUAUCAAACAACUUGAGGCAUCUUUUCCCAAAGGAAACCUGCCUAUAGGUGCCCACCACCCGGACUCUCAAAUAUCAAAUAAAAUCCAGCUAAAUACCCUUCCAAAAUCAGUGAGAAACAGUGGGGAACACAGGAUCUCCCAAAUUACAACAACCAAACCUAAACCAAAUACAAGGGACCUGCACAAAACUAUGAAAAUCACAGAGAACAUUACAUUCUCUUCUUCUCAGGCUCCACAAACACCAGAACUUCAACCUCGUUCUUAUCUCAAGCAAUAGCAGCUUCAUGGCUGCUUAUGUUACUGGAUCAAAGCUCGACUAUUGGUAGUUGUGCAGAUCUCACUGGCCUCUUAUAUUUCUAAAUACGUCUUAUUUCUUACAAAAGAGUAUACGUUAAAUAAAACAUUAACGUUGGAUAUAUAUUUAUUUAAUUCCAAUGGCGAAAUUAAAAAAUUACCACAUGGAAUUAAAGUUGUGAAUAAUGUAAUAUAUAUCCUGAAACCAGUAAUACUGUAUAGCUUGACCUUCCUGUAACAUGAAUUCACAAUACGUCCUCUUUCUUACUUCCGUCUUCCAUCCACAUGAGGUGUAACAGCCGGGUCAAUAAGGCGACGUCAUUGUGGACUGGAUGACAAUAGUUUGUAGCGUGAAUCUGACAACUUUCACCUUUAUCUAAUUUCAAAUUUAAGAUGGGAUGUAUGAAAUCAGAUUGAUCAUUCUACAUUAAACUAUAAUCAACUGUUCAGAAAAUAUUAAUGUAUUCAUUUUAUGUUAAACCUUACUAUGUAUUUAUAUUAUAGCCUGUACAAUACAUAUUCAAUAAAUAUUAUAAACUUUAAUAUA